UAGUAGCGGACGGGAGCAGGACGCCGAGAGAACUACACGCUGGAGGCGGGGUCCAGAGCGAGGGAAUGUACAAUCCUGGCGGUGGCGGAGAAGGUUGUAGCGGCAGCAUGAAGCGAACCCCGACUCCCGAGGAACGAGAACGCGAAGCUAAGGAAUCUCAUUGUAGAGCUCCUACUGGCUUUGACCCUGCAACAUCUGAAAAGGCAAGACGCGGACAGAAACUGAGGCUUUUCGAAGAGCUUGAAGACACGUGGCUUCCUUAUCUGACCCCCAAAGACGAUGAGUUCUAUCAGCAGUGGCAGCUGAAAUACCCCAAGCUCGUCCUGCGCGAAGCCGGCAGCGUGCCCGAGGAGCUGCACAGAGAGGUGCAGGCGGCCUUCGCCACGCUGCACAAGCACGGCUGCCUGGCCCGGGACCUGGUGAGGGUCCAAGGCAAAGACCUGCUCACCCCGGUCGCGCGCCUCCUCGUCGGCAACCCGGGCUGCACCUACAAGUACCUGAACACCCGGCUCUUCACGGUGCCCUGGCCCGUGCGGGGCUCCAACAUCACCUACCAUGAGGCAGAGGUCGCCACUGCCUGCCAGACCCUCCUCAGCCUCAACAGCUACCUGCAGCUGGAGACCGUCCAGGCCUGGGAGGAGCUGGUCGCCAAAGAGAGAGCGAACAUCGACGAGGUGCCCGUGUGCAUCGGUCCCGACUUCGGCCUGGGGAUUUUCGACGGGCCAGACGAAGCGGACAUCCGGAGCCGGUCUGCAUACAACGUGACCUUGCUGAACUUCAUGGAUCCCCAGAAAAUGCCCUACCUGAAGGAGGAGCCUUAUUUCGGCAUGGGGAAGAUGGCGGUGAGCUGGCACCACGACGAGAACCUGGUGGACAGGUCGGCGGUGGCCGUGUACAGUCACAGCUGCGAAGGCCCGGAAGAGGACAGCGAGGAGGACUCUCCCCUCGAAGGCAGAGAUCCUGACACCUGGCACGUUGGUUUCAAGAUCUCCUGGGACAUAGAGACACCGGGUUUGGCGAUACCCCUUCACCAGGGAGACUGCUAUUUUAUGCUCGAUGACCUCAAUGCCACCCACCAGCACUGCGUUUUGGCUGGCUUACCACCUCGGUUUAGUUCCACCCACCGAGUGGCAGAGUGCUCGACGGGGACCCUGGAUUACAUCUUGCAGCGCUGCCAGCUGGCUCUGCAGAAUGUCGGCGAUGUGACCGAUAGUGGGGGUGUCUCCCUGAAGUCCUUGGAGCCUGCAGUUUUGAAACAAGGAGAAGAAAUCCACAAUGAGGUGGAGUUCGAGUGGCUGAGACAGUUUUGGUUCCAAGGCAGUCGACCCCGGAAGUGCACCGACUGGUGGUGCCAGCCCAUGGCUCAACUGGAGGAGAUGUGGCGGAAGAUGGAAGGAGUGACAAAUGGGGUGCUUCAUGAAGUGCGAAGAGAGGGGGUCCCCGUGGGACAGAGGAAUGCCAUGGUGACCGCCAUCCUCGCCUCGCUCACCACGCGCCAGACGCUGCGGAGGGAGUGGCACGCCAGGUGCCAGUCCCGGAUCGCGCGCACCUUACCCGCCGACCAGAAGCCAGAGUGCCGGCCGUACUGGGAGAAGGAGGAUCCUGCCAUGCCCCUGCCCUUCGACCUCACGGACGUCGUCUCGGAACUCAGAGGCCUGCUCCUGGAGCCCACACCCUAGGAGGCGUGUGUGUGUCUCAGGGGAGGAGGGAAAGGCCGUUCUUGGCUCCUCUCCUCCAUCCCCGCCACGGGCAGUGUGGGUAGGCGCGGCCUUUAGAUGGUAGAACCCAGGUCCCAGCUAGAAACGGCUGGGCAGUGGGGCCCUGGGAUGUCCAGUGUUUGGAGAUGGCCCAGUGUGAUCACCCGAUUUGAUAUUAAACAGGACCUGCCCCCCCCUCCCCCCACGAUUGUCCCCACUUGGAUUUCUAAUGCGAGCCGUCCAGCUCCAAGGCCAAGGGAGCGGCCAGGGUGAGCCCAGCCUGUGCCAAGUCCCAACCUCCCUCCUUCCUCAGCCUCCACAGAGCAGCAAGGGCAGUGAGUAGCGCCGCCCGGGGGACCACAGGGCUUAGGAACGCCCCUCCGCAUUCCUCACCGCACUGCUCAGAGGCUGCGGGGUCCAGUGUGGCAGCCGCCAGCCACGCGUGGCUCCUUACAUUUAAAUCCGAAGUUCGUUGCAACCAAACAUUCAGUUCCUUGGGGGUGGGAGCCAUGUGGCGGGUGGGAGUGGCCACAUGUGGCUGCCGACUGCUGCCCUGGCCAGCGACCAAUCUUUUCCAAUCUUUUCUCUGGCCCCCCCACUUUGCGCAUAAUGACAGGUGGGGUUGAUGGCAUUGGAGCCUCAGAGAGACCAGGUUGAAACCUGGGCCCCGAUCACAACUCCCUCCACCAGCCUGGUGACCUGGGGCACGUUGCUGGGUCUCAGUUUCCUCAUCUGUGUAAUGGGCACACGGAAGGCACCCGCCCCCAAGGGGAAGUUCUUUCGCCACAGACAUCUUGGAACACUUUCUGACAUGUCGUUAAAUACCCCAUUCAAAGUAUUAGAGCUGUUAUGUACCAGGGAGCCGCCCCAUGGAGACGUGUGCCCCUCCCGUCCUCACUCCUUGCACCAGGUUUGUCUGGUGAUGCCGAGACCUGUCUGCUGCCUUUGGUGACCCCCAGACAUGGUGAGACGAGCUCGCCCCUCCCCCGGCCCGUGAUUCUCUCGGAACCGUGUGCAGGAUCGGAGGGCGAGGAGCGCUUAACCCAGUGGUUCUCACCUUGGCUGCACAUCAGAAUCACCUGGGAAUCUUUUUAAAAUCCUGACUUCUGGGCCUCAUCCUCCGGAAAUUCUGUUUCUUUGUUACUAUGAUGAGGCCCAGAAAUCAGGAUUUUAUGUGCAGCCAAGGUGGAGAACCACUGGCUUAGCUCAUCAGAGGCGCACCGGGCCCAGCCUCCCUGCCAUCAGAGCCUCGUCGCUGGUUCAACGCAUGCAUUCGUUCCCGGGCGCUCACCUCCACGGAAAGGUCACGCAGGCAAAGCGGCCAGGGUUUCCUCUCCGGAGACUGGGUGUCUCCGACCUCGGGGGAACCCCAGACGUCCCUGAGCCUCCCUGUCCCCAUCCAUUAGGGGAGCAGGAAGCCUGGUCCCUGGGACCCCCUCCACUCCCCAAGCCCUGCCUCGGGGUUUGCAGGGCCUGGCACAGAGGGGUUUUAUAUAGCCCCCCCCCCCCCCCCCGCCAGGGGCUGGUUCUCAGUUCUGUUUCACCAGGGCCGAUAUUUGAACACUCGGGAGAUUUCCUAUAACAUAAAAGCGUGUGCUGUCUCUUUAGGGUCCGGAAGAUCUGGCAGCCCGGGCGUGGCAGCGAGCUGGGUGUCUUCUGGCUCCGCGGGGGGCAUGAGCCCCCCAGUGCCCCGUGGCUCCCUGGCAUCAUGCAUUGUAAACCUGAGUUGCUCCUCCCCUCACGCCACUGCUCCCACACCUGCUUGCUUGCACCCCUGUAGGAGAAAUAAAUGUCGAGUGCUUACCCCAA